AUGCACGAGGCCGGGCGGAGCCUCCAAAUCGCUCAGGGUCCGCCAGGGGAGCAGGUGAAGGGGGGCCGGCGGCGGGGCGCGGAGAGGCGGCGCGGGGGGGCGGUCCAGGACCGAUCGGGAGGCGGAGCCCAGAGCUGGGGGCUGCUGGCUAGUGGCUCUCUAGGCUCCUUAGCUCGGGCGUCCUGGUUCGCUUCAGUGUCCGUCGUCUCCACCGCUGCUUCUUCUUCCUUCUUCGCCACCGUCGCCACCGCCCGCAGCACCGCAGCCCCUCCCGCCAUGGCCGCCGCCGGAGCCCGGCGGAGCCCGGGCCCCGGCUUGAGGCUUCGGGGACGGCCGAGUCUCGGCUUCAACCCGGGGCCGCUGCCACCACCGCCGCCGCCGCUGCUAUUGCUGUUUCUGCUUCUACUGCCGCCGCCGCUGCUUCUGGCCGGCGCCACCGCCGCCGCCUCGCGGGAGCCCGACAGUCCAUGCCGGCUUAAGACCGUCACGGUGUCCACGCUGCCCGCCCUGCGGGAAAGCGACAUCGGCUGGAGCGGUGCCCGCGCCGGGGCCGGGGCCGCGGCCGGGACAGGAGCCGGAGCCGGAGCCGGAGCAGGAGCCGCCGCUUCCGCGGCCGCCGCGUCCCCGGGCUCCGCGGGUUCAACUGGCACAGCUGCGGAGUCUCGUCUCCUGCUCUUUGUGCGUAAUGAGCUCCCCGGACGCAUCGCGGUGCAAGAUGACCUGGACAACACAGAGCUGCCCUUCUUCACCCUGGAGAUGUCUGGCACAGCAGCGGACAUUUCUCUGGUGCACUGGAGGCAGCAGUGGCUGGAGAAUGGUACCCUAUACUUCCAUGUCUCCAUGAGCAGUUCGGGGCAGCUGGCCCAGGCCACAGCUCCCACACUCCAGGAGCCCUCAGAGAUCGUCGAGGAACAGAUGCAUAUCCUCCACAUUUCUGUGAUGGGUGGACUCAUUGCACUGCUGCUCCUGUUGCUGGUGUUCACAGUGGCACUAUAUGCCCAGCGGCGCUGGCAGAAGCGCCGGCGCAUCCCCCAGAAGAGCGCAAGCACGGAAGCCACUCAUGAGAUUCACUAUAUCCCGUCAGUGCUGCUCGGCCCUCAGGCCAGGGAGAGCUUCCGUUCCUCCAGGCUUCAGGCACACAACUCAGUCAUUGGUGUACCCAUCCGGGAGACCCCCAUCCUGGAUGACUACGACUAUGAAGAGGAGGAGGACCCACCCAGGCGGACCAACCAUGUCUCACGUGAGGAUGAAUUCGGCAGCCAGAUGACCCAUGCCCUGGACAGCUUGGGCCGGGCAGGGGAAGAGAAAGUGGACUUUGAGAAGAAAGGUGAGCCCCUUUAG